AUGCUUGCAAAUUCCGACUUUGAGGGUGAAUUCGACUAUAGCCCCUACUGGGAGUUUGUCGACAACGAGCGGUGCUUUUCAAAUCUGAUGUCUGCUAACUGGGCAUGGAAGCAAGUGGAUAUUAUUGCGCAAGAUCCGACAACACACGGCGCGAUGUUUGUCCCUCUCAUUCUUGGGAGCGACAAAACAACGGUUUCUGUUGCAACCGGCCAUAACGAGUACUGGCCACUAUACAUGUCCAUUGAUAAUGUGUUCAACAAUGUGCGGCGUGCACACCGUAACGCGAUUGCUGUGAUUGGCUUUCUAGCCAUCCCUAAAAGUCCAUAUAUUGCGGAUUAUCCGGAACAAACACUCGCUGGGUGCAUUGUUCAGGGCUGGUGUGUAAUCUGCUCUGCGCACAGGUCUGCUCUCAGAGAUGGUGGAACCCAUGGCCUGCGCACACGCGAGCACACACAAGCAUUAGUUGCCACGCUGGACUUGGUCACCCUGUGGGAGGAUUAUGGGAUCAUGGGUGACAUCAUUCCAUUCACCAAUGAUUUCCCACAUGCCAAUAUCAAUCAGCUCAUGACCCCCGACCUUUUGCAUCAAAUCAUCAAGGGGACUUUCUAUGACCAUCUGGUGACGUGGGUGCAUGAAUAUUUGGUGCUCGAGCAUGGAGAGAGUGAGGCCAAGAAGAUUCUUGACGAGAUCGACCGCCGCAUAGCUGCUGUGCCGCCCUUCUCGGGACUGAGGCGCUUUCCCGAGGGUCGUGACUUCAAACAGUGGACAGGCGAUGACUCAAAAGCCCUGAUGAAGGUUUAUCUGCCUGCCAUCGCAGGUCUGGUACCCACUGACAUAGUGCGAACAUUCUCAGCAUUCCUUGAGUUCUACUAUCUAGUCCGACGCUCUACUCUCACAGAGCGCACACUACGAGAAGUUUCGGAUGCACUGGGCUGCUUCCAUGACUAUCGCAAGAUCUUUGAGACAACAGGACACUCCCGCAAUUUCGGGGCCCCAAAUGGCCUCUGCUUGUCCAUUACUGAAUCAAAACAUAUAAAGGCUGUCAAGGAGCCAUGGUGCCAAUCGAAUCGGUUUGAAGCACUCGGACAGAUGCUUCUCACGAAUCAACGCCUCGACAAGUUAUUGGCUGUGCGCAAGGACUUCUCUGCGAGGGGCAUGCUACAUGGGACAGUGCUGAUGGAGGCUUUGCGUGAGAGAGAACGUGUAGCCACACUGGAGGCUUCUGCAGCUGUCCGAGCUGAACAUUGUGCAUCCAGCUCAGAUUUGGACAGCGAGUCAACCAACGACGAUGAAUCAUCAGAUGAUGACUCAAGUUCUGAUGACGAGUCAAGCAGCGAUGACGAGGACAAUCACUACCCCCCGGGCAUCGAGGAUCAUACCAACGACAACCAUGUCAAUGUGGCUGGCAUGCGAGAGGGCCAGAAUGGUGGACGCCGUGCCACCAGUUGUAAGCGGGAUGCUACUGGGCCAGUGGAGGACCGAGAGCUGCUAGCAUACGUUGAUCUAGCACGCCGUGCAGCACAAGGAUACCCACAUACACUUGAAGGGCUGGCAGCCUCUAUUGGGCAGCCGGCACUGGAGGAGCUUGUCUCCCACUUCCUGUUCGAACAGACCCACCGGGACGACCCCAACACACCGAACACUGAGGACGUCCCACUGGCCGACUGCCCAAUCCACACUGGCCAGGAGCCAGACAAUGACACAGGGAUGUGGAUCGUUGAGCCAGACUUCGACGAGGAUGGUCACCGCGCAUUUGAUUGGGACUACGACCUUGAGGACCCUUCAGACAGAGAGCCGGAUGAGGAGGAGAGUCCCGCGAAACCCGUCACUCUCAUCCAUGAAGAUCCGGCUUACCGCAACCCUGCGCUGAUCAUCAAGAAUAUGGUCAGAUCACCUCUUGCUGACAUGUUGUUUGUCCCCGCCCCAAGUCACAUUCUGCAGCAGUGCCACCACGGACACAUGGGCCACUCGAAUCUCCGCGUGCUGACGAUGCAAGUGCCAGGGGAAAUCCGUCUGUUAAUUAGUGAUGUAGUGAGGGAGACAUGGACCGUCUCUGUGUGGGACUUACGCAAAGGCGUGCAGCGUGCGACAACCGAGCAGCGCAUUAUUAAUCCGCGAGUCUGCUCACCGGAGCGCGUUGCACGGGGAGUGAACUGGGCGGGCAGCACGCGAGCUCUGGCGCGUGCGCGACACCGUGUCCUUCUCGCAUUGUGUGCCGCAGGUGAUGUUUGCAUUCUGGCCUUUGACUGCACACUUUGCAUCUUGCUGGGCGCCGGAGCGCGUUGCGCGGCGGGUGAUCUGGUGGGGCAGUGCGCGAACUCUGGCACGCGCGGGGUGUUUGCAUUCUUGCGCGUCGUCCAUGCCUCGCAGCAGGACAGUGCACUGACCGGCUCCAGAACCUACCACUACCAAUGCCGCCGCGGGGAGUGUCAGGCGUCAGAUCCAGAGCAUGAGACGCGAGACUUACCAUCACGCGGGCCACUCAGAUCUCCGUGCGCCGACGAUGCAAGCCCCCAUUUGAUUGGCGAUGUAGCGAGGGAGAUUCAGAAUGUCUCCGUGCGUUACGCGUCUGGUGCCUUUUUCCGCGUGGGGCUCGUUCAGGGGCGUGCGGCGUGCGGCGUGCGAUGUCCGAGUGACGCGUCAUUGACCUAUGGGCCCACCGUGGGUCAUUCGCUGCACACUGAGCUGAGCGAGGCUGUUCAGACGGCGCCGCACGCGCAACGCGACGCACGCCAGGUGUCGUCUGGCCUACCGCGCUCGUCUUGGCUGCACUGGCCGCAGUCUGCCGGCGUCGCAACCAGGCAGGACGAAGCUGGGCGUCAGAGCAUCGAUGUGGGCGGGAUGCACGUCGUGAACACCCGCGUGCGGUCGUGCGAUGCCGCAGCUUGGGCUGGCGUAAUGGGCCAGGAGCGUGCAGAUAGGCGGGGCUGCCCCGCCGCGCAGUGUAAGCAGCAGAUGACGGGGGAGGUGUCUGGGCGAGCCAAGAGGGGGUGUGCGCGCACACCAUGUGCACCGGUCAAGGGGACGACGAGCAGGGCCCCGCACGUGCGGAACAGGGAGCCGGUCGCCUGGCGGGACGAUGCGGAGGCGCGGAAGCGGCUACCCACGCUAGUUGUGCUGACCGGCGGCGGGGUGAAACAGCAGCUUGGCGGUCGACAAGCGAAUAAAUGUUCGGCAGUGAGCGGCAUCGGAGGAAUACUUGGAUUCGCGGACGAAUGUUCGUGCGCGGACGCAGGGGAGACGGCAGGCAGCAGCGGUAGGGCAGAUUGGCUGGGUCGUGGCGGGACGAGCGCGUGCAGAGCGGACGGGCGGGAGGGCAGUAGCACGGACACCAAUAGCAGAGGCAAGCCAAGAGCGCGACGGGAGGCAAGCAGCAGCAGAACGCAGACGAAAGGCGUCGAGCAGCGUGAACCGAAAGCACACAGAGGACGAGCCGGAGAGAGCGCUCGCAAGCGAGAGACGGGCGCAAGUUACGACGUGCGAUCGAACCCACAAGAUUUCAUUGCAUCGUCAGUUCUGCGUACCACGGGCACUGUCUGUUCGGUGAAUGGCACACCCGCGAUGUCGGGAUGCAGCAGUCCGAACGAGGGCAGAGGCAGCCCUUGUUCGUGGGUGCGCGAGGCUGUUGCACCUGGUGUCAUCUCACUUGCGGAUGCUGUAGCGACUCCCGCCGCUGCUGUCUGUGCACGCGGGCACGCCUGUCUGUGCACCGUCUCACCCGCUCGCUCACCGACUCGCUCGCUCUCCUACACGACGUGCAGUCCGGGUUCUGUUCCUCGCGACGUCCGUGACGGGGGCGGGGGCGAGCUUGCGCGCUCGCACUGCACUCCCCCAUUGCGCGCGCAACGUGCGAAACAGCAUGCGCGUCCUCUGCCAUGCAUCCCGCGCUGUGCCGCAGCCCCGCGCGCGACUCGGGACGCACGAGCCUUGCCCUGCGCACGGAAGAUCUCCCGCGAGCAGGUUGCCAGGCGGACGACCGUCCGCGUCGCGUGCACGGAACUCGCGCGUGCGCACGCGUCUUGCCGUUUGCGGAUUCUCCGUGCAGGGAUGCAUGUCUGGUCCGAUGGUGGAAGGCGUCACGACGACGCGCGAGAAGCCCAGGCGCGCGCGCCGGCCGAGAUGCGCGGAGCUCGGGUACGUGGGCCGACGUUGAAGGACUCUGAAGGCCCACGACGGGUGGGGUGGCGGAAGAUGCUGCCGCGGCGCGCAAGUAGUGCAGGCGGGCCCCCUGAGCGAUACGCGCGGGCGGCGCCUCGACACGAUGCGGGAGGGACUGCGGUUGAAAUACCCGCCGCGCGAUUUGACCCGGAGAGCACGAUGCGGCGCGGGCGUGAAUGUGACAUCACCGCUUCCGCCUUACUUCAUGUGGGUGUUGUGUCCGGGAGUGUAUUAGACAGCGGGAGUCAGUACAAGUACAAGCGGCGGCGCACAGAGAGUUGUGCCCCCGCGUCCAGGCCGAGCGCACGCUGUGCAUAUUCAGCCCCGGGGUGCUCUGCAGAGACCACUAGCAUGCGUGCGGGAUCGCCGUGGACGAGCGUGAUCGUGCGCCGGUCGCACUGGAAGACCGGUCACGGCGUGUUGAGCGGGAGCGGGUCCGCCCGCACGCUCUUGCGACGCCUCGCAUUGUGCGCGCUGCGGUUCAGCGGCACGACGACGUUCACGCCCUCGCCGAGCGGAUCUGGCACGUCGACCGACACCGACAGCGCGCCGACGGGUCGCGCAUGCGUGCGCGCUGCUGGCUAUGUGUUCGCCCGCAUGCCGCGCCGCUUGUGGCGGCGAACGAGCUCAAGCGCACCCCGGUACCCGGACGCUCUUUUCCUUGGAGUGUCCGCGGUCGCUCAGCCAUCUGCACGAGAAGGAGCCGCUUGCUUGCUGGGCGCGUCCUUGCCGUUGCCGGAGCCGGACUGCGCGGAGAGCAUGCGCGUAAGGGUAUUCAAGGCACAAGGGAAACACUUGGAGGAGUGGGGGUCGUGGGGCGCGAGGGCGCGAGGGCGCGAGGGCAGCAGGGAGGCGAGAGACGAGACAGAGUUGGGAUGCGCAAAGGGCCGAGGCUGGCUACAGGCAGACGUUGGCAAGCGCCGUGUCGAGCGAGCAGGGCAUGCAAGCAGAGCGCCGCGUCGUGCGAUCGCGGAUGAGCGAUCGGAAGAGAGCGUGCGCGAGAGCACCAUCUUCUGA